AUGAGCAGCGACCCCCUUGAUCAUUAUCCUACCAUCGAUGACCUCGUUGAUGGUGUGCGGACCGGUUCCACAACUGAUCUCUGGGAUGUCGUCGUCAGUAUCUCUGUGGAGAAGCUCAACGGCAUCUUACACACUCUCUGGAUAACUGACUCUACUACAACCAAUGUGAAAGUCACAACUACGAGCUUAGAUCAAUUCGAACAACCGUUUUACAUCGAUUGGGACGUGAAGCUUGGGUCACCGUCACUCAGUUUUACGCUUGAUGGUAAAUCAUCCCUUACCAUGUCCCUCUCUGGCACGCAUCAAGUUCAGGGAAAGAAUCCAAACACCGGAGAAGAAAUGCCUAUCAUACCUAUUCCUGAGAAUUCAUAUGUUCUCGUGGCCACUGUGCCUUUGGUAGCGGUGAAAGCUGUCGAAGGAGAUACAGCAGGCACAGACCCUACCAAUUCAGAUCAGGUCAUCAGUUUUGAUGAUAAUCCUGACGCCAAACUGCACGUUGUAUUCCAGUUUAACAACGAAGGCUCGUCUCAGUAUCGAAUUGACUACACUGGUUCUGGAGAUGACCCGUCUGGCGACCAAAUUUCUAUUGGCUUGCGAGAAAAGCUUGCAGACUGGAUGAUGGACCCUAAGAACAUCAACGCCAUCACAUAUUCUCUGGCAGUUGUGGAGCAGACUCCUUCUGUGGACACACAAUACUUGACGCCAGAGUCGAUGUCGUUUUCCAUCUACGCUUCCAGCACAAAGACAGUGGGCUGUCUUAGCGUGUAUAUCAAAACGAAGGACUCAGAUUAUCCUGUUGGUAACCAGCAGCGCGCUUUUCACUUCCCAAAAACCAACCAAAACUCGUAUCCUAUUCCGGAUGGUUACGAUGCGAGUAUCAGUAUCAUCAUUCGUCGCAACAAUUUCUCCAAGUUUCUGAAUACUGCAAUCCAUAACACUCGAGAGUCAAGCGGCAAGGAGUUUGAGUAUGUCAACGAAAACGAUACUCAGACAGGGUUCUCAUUCACCAUCGCCCUGAAUGACGACCUUGUUGCGUUCAUGAAGCAGCAAAUUCUCGGCGGUUCACCACAACAGAGUAGGGGGACGCACACUGACGUCACUGGACAGCAUUUUGGUGAUGUCUUCUGCAAGAUCGUCGUGGAUAAAACUAUUCCCCUCAUGCAAACUGAUCAAACCGAAAUACGUGCAAACAUCAGCAUGUCAAAUGGUGAUUAUCGUAAGACCACUCGGAAGGAAGGUGAUGAGGGAUGGCCAGAGCCUGGUCAAGUCAUCGGCGCAUUCAAUAGCUGGGAGCUUCCGACUUUCAGUGGGGACUUCGGUUUAGACUUCUUCGCUACGACCAAUAUUUUCGCUCCUGGAAAGCAGAUCAUCGAUAUCGAUACGAAGCGAGGCGUACUUACCCCUUAUGACGUUCUUCUGGUGGGACAUAUCAAAGACGAUGUCAGAUCCGCUGUCAAAGCCGGAGUGUGAUGGGCUACCGUUGGUAGACAGUGUACGAUAUUCAAAAAAUUGUGCUACAAAUUAUGUAUGAUACAGCAAUCAUAUAGGCUGAUUACCCCACCGAUUA